AUGUCUCUCGGAAAGAAGGUCACCCUCAGCUCCGGCCACGAGAUCCCCCAGCUGGGAUUCGGCACCUGGCAGUCCGCCCCCGGUCAGGUCGGUGAGGCCGUCUACGAGGCCCUUAAGGCCGGUUACCGUCACUUGGACUUGGCCACCAUCUACCAGAACCAGCGCGAGGUUGCCCAGGGUAUCAAGCGCGCCUACAAGGAUGUUCCCGGCCUCAAGCGUGAGGACAUCUUCAUCACCUCCAAGCUCUGGAACAGCCAGCACCACCCCGACGAUGUCGAGAAGGCCCUGGACGAGUGCCUUGCUGAGCUCGAGCUGGACUACCUCGACACCCAGCUUUACCUGGUCCACUGGCCCGUCGCCUUCACCCGCGGCUCCGACUACUUCCCCCUGGUUGAGAACAGCACCGUCGAGGGCGGCGAUGUUGCCUUCGACGACGAGAUCUCCAUUGUCGACACCUGGAGAGCCGUGACCAAGCUCCCCAAGAGCAAGGCCCGCACCGUUGGUGUUUCCAACCACACCAUUGAGCACCUCGAGGCCAUCAUCAACGGCACCGGCGUUGUCCCCGCCGUCAACCAGCUCGAGCGUCACCCCGUCCUGCAGAGCAACGAGAUGAUCGAAUACGCCAAGAAGAAGAACAUCCACAUCACCGCCUACUCCGCCUUCGGUAACAACGGCUUCGGCGUCCCUCUCCUGGUCACCCGCCCCGAAGUCAAGGAAGUCGCCGAGUCCGCCUCCCAGCGCUUGGGCAAGACCGUCACCCCGGCCCAGGUCAUCCUCGCCUGGUCCCAGGUCGGCGGCCACAGUGUGAUCCCCAAGUCGGUCACGCCCUCGCGCAUCGUCGAGAACUUCCAGGAGGUCGAGCUCACCCCCGAGGAGGUCGAGAAGGUCUCCUCCCUCGGCAAGGACCGCAGACGCUACAACACCCCUUACAUCGCCAACAAGCCCCGCUGGGAUAUCAACAUCUUCGGCGAGGAGGAGGAGAAGCCCGCUACCCACAAGGUUGUUGUUUAG